AUGUCCUCUGAACCUUACUUGGAUGCUGCAAACACUGCUCGCCCGGGCAGCAAAAGCUCCGCCGAACUCUCAAUUUACAACGACGUCCCACCAAUAACCCCAUCGUCACGCCUCUUCCACGUCUACCAUCGGCGACGAAAGCUCGAUUUUGCCAUCUUCACUGCCGAAAAAGUCCCCCUCGCAUACGUGCGUUGUUCAACCUUUACCGUCGGCAAACCAGAUUUAACAUACCACGCCGGCGAAACUGAGGAUGCCCCGAUCACAGCCGUCUGCAAAUUCAUCAAUUUCUCUCGACACUGCAAAGUGGGUCUCGGUAAUCCGAAUGAUCCCAACGUCGCCUGGGAGGAUCUAACGCGCCAUAAACUCACGACACAUUAUCGGUUCGAGAUCGCACUGAAUAGUGGUGAGCGAAGGGCUUUUGUCUGGAAGCGAACCAAUAGUGUCGGAAUUGGAGAGGAGAAGCCGUCGAAAAUCGGUUCGAAGAAUUUUAAGCUUCAGGAUGAACGGACUGCCGAGCUCGUCGCUGUUUACCUUAAUAAUGGGACAAAAAGCUGGAAGAAGUCUGGCAAGUUCCAGAUUAAUGUGGAUUAUGGGGCUGCUUUUGAUACUAUGGUCUUUAUUACCGGGUUGGGGCUUUUAGAGAAAGAGAGGCGCCGGGCGAGGAGUCAGGAAGGGGCCGCUGGCGGUGAUUAA